UGAACUGAAAAAUAUGGUGGGAUCACGCGUUUAUGUCGGAGGUUUGCCCUAUGGUGUAAGAGAACGCGAUUUGGAGCGUUUUUUCAAGGGAUAUGGCAGAACAAGAGACAUUUUAAUCAAAAAUGGUUAUGGUUUUGUGGAAUUUGAAGAUUAUCGUGAUGCUGACGAUGCGGUUUACGAAUUAAACGGGAAAGAAUUACUUGGUGAAAGAGUUGUGGUUGAGCCAGCUCGUGGAACGGCUCGAGGUGGUGGAGGACAUCGGGACAGAUAUGAUCGCUAUGACAGUGGCCGUCGUGGUGGUGGUCGCUACAAUGACAAAAACAAAAAUAACAACAGAUCUAAUUCACGUUAUGGACCUCCAUUGCGCACUGAAUAUCGUCUUAUUGUUGAGAAUUUGUCCAGUCGUGUUAGCUGGCAGGAUUUGAAAGAUUAUAUGCGUCAAGCUGGAGAAGUCACAUAUGCCGAUGCCCAUAAGCAAAGACGUAAUGAGGGUGUGGUUGAGUUCGCUUCGUUGUCUGACAUGAAGACUGCGAUCGAGAAAUUGGACGAUACUGAUUUGAACGGUCGCCGCAUACGUCUGGUUGAAGACCGUCGAAGCGGUCGCGGGCGUGGUGGACGCGGCCAAUCUGGCUCAUCCAGUUCACGCUCUCGAUCACGUUCUCGCAGACGUUCGCGCUCCCGCUCUCGUCGCUCCUCGCGUUCUCGAUCAAAGUCACGAAGCCGAUCCAAAUCACGUGGAGCUCGUUCCAAAUCCAAGUCCCCAGUUAAGUCCCGUUCACGCUCUCGUUCAAACAAAUCUCGUGAACUUUCCAAAUCGAAAUCCAAAUCACCACGUUCCCGCUCCCGUUCACGUUCUGUGAAACGCGAUGAUUCCCGUUCUCGUUCCCGUUCCGUUUCGAAGCGUGAAUCUCGCUCGCGCUCCCGCUCCAAGUCGCGUCGAGACUCUCGUUCACGCGAUCGUUCUGCUUCUCGUGACAACAAAUCCAGAUCCCGAUCCCGUUCUCGUUCUCGUUCCAGAUCACGAUCCCGCUCAGCAUCACCGAAAAAUGGCAAUGCCUCUCCAGACAGAACAAACGAGAGUAUGGAUGAUUAGAUUGUAGCAACAUAUUAGAAUUCACAUUUUGACGC